UGUAACUAUGGUGACAAAGGCCCAGGUUGUGCUGCACCUUCCAGAUUCCAGAAUCUUCCAGAUUCUUCCAGAGGUCUCUGUGCAGAGGGUCAGAGUGUGCAAUGGCUCCUCUGCCCAGCAACCAUUCUCUCAGUAAGAGUGUCUCUGUUUUCAUUUGAAUGUGAUGCUUCUGUAAUUUAAUUUAUAUAGCCAUGAGGAAGAAACUAACAUAUACUGGAUGCCACCUGUGUCCUAGACACUUUACAUGACUAAUUCAUUUAAUCCUGAGGACAAGCCUGUAAAGCAAGAAGACAAAGAAAUCCUAGCUUAGAGAGGUUUAGUAACGUGCAGAUCUGAACUGAUCUUAUGCUCUGACCCAAUCAUCUUAUAUAAAGGUAUAAGAAGCGUACAGGGAAGCCACUGCCACCAUUGAGGACCCAUUCCAGAUGGCACAGAUGCUUCACCUCACAGGACAACUCCAGGCGACAGUCACUGCCUGUGACAUUACAAUGAGAGGACUCUGAGCAGACUCUGGGCUCUGCAGGAUGGAAGUGAAAUGCCUCAGUACCUGGCCUGGGCCCAUCCCUGUCCAAGGUGACUCAGCUGAACAAAGGGCAGGCACCACCCUUCCCAGAGAAGGAACCAGCUGGGACAAGAGCCACCACCAUCAAAGAAGGGAAGGCAAAGAGACUGAGCAAAGGCUGAAGAGGACACACAGCAGCAGCUUCCUGCAGGGGUUCCAAGGACCAGUCAUGUCUGCUCUGUACCCAUCUCUGGAGGACCUGAAGGUGGACCAAGUCAUCCAGGCCCAAACCAGAGCCUCGCCCAAGAUGCUCACCUUGCCUAUGCAGGAGGCAACUGGCUCCCCACCUUCAGUUCUGUACCCAAACUUGGGAGAACUGGAGAGCUACAUGGGUCUUUCCCUCUCCAGCCAACAAAUCCAGCAGAGCCUGCUUCAGCUCCCAGAGGGUGACAAUACGGCGGUCUCUGGGCCCUGGCCCGGCCAGCUGGUGGCGCCGGUGUCCGGGAACAACCUGGGCAUGCGGCGUGCGGAGAUCAAGUCUGGAGUGCGGGAGAUCCACCUGUGCAAAGAUGAGCGUGGCAAGACUGGGCUGCGGCUGCGGGCCAUAGACAAGGGGCUCUUCGUGCAGCUGGUCCAGGCCAACACCCCUGCAUCCCUGGUGGGGCUGCGCUUUGGGGACCAGAUCCUGCAGAUUGACGGGUGUGACUGUGCUGGGUGGAGCACAGACAAAGCCCACCGGGUGCUGAAGAAGGCUUCAGUAGAGAAGAUUGUCAUGGUUGUUCGGGACAGGCCAUUCCAGCGGACAGUCACGAUGCACAAGGAUGGCUUGGGCCAUGUUGGCUUCUUCAUCAAGAAGGGGAAGGUUGUGUCUGUGGUCAAAGGGAGCUCUGCGGCCCGCAACGGGCUCCUCACCAGCCACUGCAUAUGCGAGGUGAACGGGCAGAAUGUCAUUGGACUGAAGGACAAAGCAAUCAUGGAGAUACUGGCAACAGCUGGAGAUGUCAUCACCCUGACCAUCAUUCCCGCUGUGAUCUACGAGCACAUGGUGAAAAAGUUGUCCCCGAUGCUGCUCCACCACACCAUGGACCACUCUAUCCCAGAUGCCUGAAGCCACAGCAAUGCAGAACAGGCCCCCUACCUCUUUGCAAGGAAAAGCGGUGGCCUCAGAUCACAGGUUGCUGCCUGGGUUGGGUGUCUUGUGGCUGUUCUGGGUGGUAUUCCAGGUGGGUGGACAUGGGCUGGCAGGAGUCUGUCAUCUGUGCCCACAGGCCUCCUUGGAGCCUCAGACCCUCAGCUGGGCUAUGGCUCAGACAGGGCCCAUAGGCUGCCAAUUGAAAUGCCAGGCGUGUAGGUAGGCCAAUGCUGCCUAGACUUCAGCUGGGUCCUUUCAAGAUUUGGCCUCCACCAGGAAAACUGCUAUACAUUUUGAGAAAAUAGAACUCCAUUCUUGGCAAGAAUGUUUUAUUCACCUUUACUUGCUCCUUGUCACUAUAAAAUUUAUAUAGUUAUGAUCCUUUGCUAUCUUUUGAAUAAAGAUUUGAUUUUAAACAUAA